AACUUAGUUGGUCUUUAUGGUGCUACUGAAGCAAUUUUUAAAUUUUGUUUCGACUCAGACCAACACGGCUACCUACCUGUAACUACGGUAUGCUAGAUCAGUGAUUGCAAAAAAUGAGAGAACUUGAAAUGCAAUUAUUUCUGAAGCCUGGGUUUCACAAGUAUGGAACAUCUUGCUUAUGAACAUAUUAACCAUUUCACAAAAGGAAUAACAAUCAGAGUUGGGGAGGAGACUCACACUUUCUAUACAACUUAGUAGCCCUUUAAUGACUUUGUUAAGACAAUCACACAUAGUUUUCAUCUUUCUGCUCAUGGAACCUUAUGGAAAGAUACUUUCAUUUGAUUGCCUUUCUUGGAACAUCUAAAAGUACAACCCUCAGCUGCUGUUUUCCUUUCCUUUCAGUACUACUUCUAAGCUCUCCUUUCCUUGGAUGGGUAUGUUUUAUUACUUGAAAUUAAAAAUCUUUUUAUUUUAUUUUUAUUUUUAAAGGGGACCAUAUUAAGCUUUAAUGUGUGGAGCUGAAGGUGCUGUAGGUCUGAAUUUGGAAAGGGGGGGAGCUUCUUACUUGGGGCAGACCUUGAGGAUACUGUACUCCUUACUUUUUAAAGUUGUUUUUAUUAGCUGUUUAUGAUAUGCUCCACACAGCUUACCGCUUAAAUAGCACCGAAAUGCCAACAGCAUCCCCAACCCUCCCAUCCACCCGUUACAACGAAAGUGUGAUAACUGCAUUCUUCCCCUUGUAUUUAUUUUAUUUUAGAAAAAUGUAUAAACCGCUGGCCAAAUAAAUAAAUAAUGCCAAAACCUCAAAGUAGUUUACAAAAAUAGGCUCCCCACCAUAGCACAAAAAUGUUUUCUCUUCUUUGCCCUUUCCCCUUCCAGCAAAAAACUGUACACCCUGGUCACCCUGCUGGUAGAACAUACAUAUCCUGCUUUUCUCUCCCCCCCCCCCUGUAGCAGCCUGAGCAUCCCUCCUUCGCUCUCAGUCCCCCUUUCUGACUUGGAAAAGCAAACUAGGGCUCUCGCCACUCUUUCCUCUUCCCCCUUCCCUUCCUUCUUUGUUCUUCCUGCUCCCGGUCUGUAUGGCUGCGAGGAGGACCUAGGUUUGAGGGUCGGACCUUUUCCCACCUUGGGAGCAGCAGGGAUCAAGGGCAGCUGUACUGGGAGAGAGACACCCAUUGCCCUGGCACUGGGUGGUUUCUUUUAGUGGGACUUUCUGGGCAAACACAGGGAGGCGGGACAAUUGCCUAGCAAAGAUCCCAGGGAGAACACCCACACCCAGAGAGAGAGAGAGAGAGAGAGAGAGGUGGAACCAGACUGAGAACAAAGGCAGAUCUGCUGAUAGCCUCCUCCCUCUCUCCUCUCCCUCUCUUACUCCGCCUUGUCUGGGUAGCGUAAGAGCCUGGCCUCUUGCCAAGGAGGGUCACACAAGCCCAGGUUUCCGUCUUGUCUCUGCAGCAAGCGCUGCCACCGGCAACAGCUGCUCCGAUGAGGUGGGGAUCGUAGCUGCGAAUGACUAUGUCCACGAUGGUAUAUCCCAGAGAAGAGAAGAUGGACAAGCUCAGCCAAGAGGAGAUCAUCUCCAACACCAAACUAGUGAUGCAGGGGCUGGAAGCCCUGAAGAAUGAGCACAACUCGAUCUUGCACAGCCUGCUAGAGACCAUCAAGUGUCUGAAGAAGGACGAGGAAGCCAACUUAGUGCAUGAGAAGGCCAACCUGCUGCGCAAGUCAGUGGAGAUGAUUGAGCUGGGACUCGGAGAGGCUCAGGUGAUGAUGGCUUUGUCAAACCACCUGAACGCGGUGGAAUCUGAGAAGCAGAAGCUGCGGGCCCAGGUGCGCCGGCUAUGCCAGGAGAACCAGUGGCUGCGGGACGAGUUAGCAAACACCCAGCAGAAGCUGCAGCGCAGCGAGCAAACAGUGGCGCAGCUUGAGGAGGAAAAGAAGCACCUUGAGUUCAUGAACCAGCUGAAGAAAUACGAUGAGGAUGUGUCCCCAUCGGAGGAGAAAGAAGGCGAUUCCACAAAAGAUUCCUUGGAUGACUUGUUUCCAAAUGAGGAAGAGGACCAGGGCCAAGGGUUGCCUCAUCCGCACAGCAGUGCAGCGGCAGCCGCCCAGCAAGGUGGCUACGAGAUCCCAGCGCGCCUGCGCACACUCCACAACCUGGUGAUCCAGUACGCUUCCCAGGGACGCUACGAAGUGGCUGUUCCCCUCUGCAAGCAGGCGCUGGAGGACUUGGAGAAGACUUCGGGCCACGACCACCCUGACGUGGCCACUAUGCUCAACAUCUUGGCCUUAGUAUACAGGGAUCAGAACAAAUACAAGGAGGCAGCUCACCUUCUGAACGAUGCGCUGUCCAUCAGGGAGAAGACGCUUGGCAAGGACCACCCUGCAGUUGCAGCAACCCUGAAUAACUUGGCUGUUCUCUACGGCAAAAGGGGGAAAUACAAGGAGGCAGAACCAUUAUGCAAGCGAGCACUGGAAAUCCGGGAAAAGGUUCUAGGCAAAGAUCAUCCGGAUGUGGCCAAACAGUUAAAUAACUUGGCUUUGCUCUGCCAGAAUCAGGGAAAGUAUGAAGAGGUAGAAUAUUACUACUGCCGGGCAUUGGAGAUUUAUGAGUCGCGCCUGGGGCCUGACGACCCAAAUGUGGCCAAAACAAAGAACAAUUUGGCCUCCUGUUACCUGAAACAAGGCAAAUAUAAGGAAGCAGAGGUCCUCUACAAGGAGAUCCUCACCCGGGCCCAUGUGAAGGAAUUUGGCUCUGUGGAUGACGAGCACAAGCCGAUAUGGAUGCAUGCGGAAGAAAGAGAGGAGAUGAGCAAGAGCAAGCACAGAGAAAACAUUGCUUAUGCAGAGUAUGGUGGCUGGUACAAGGCAUGCAAAGUCAGCAGCCCCACAGUGAACACCACUCUGCGAAACCUGGGCGCACUGUACAGGCGUCAGGGGAAGCUAGAGGCUGCGGAAACACUGGAAGAGUGUGCAGUGCGAUCCCGGAGACAGGGCAUUGACCCCAUUAACCAGACCAAGGUGGUAGAGAUUCUGAAAGAGGGCGACGGCUCCGAGAGGCGGAGGAGCCGAGACAGCCUGGGGGGCAGCGUCAAGUAUGAGAGCGCCACAGAUGGUAGCGAGGAAGUGAGUAUGGGCGUGGAAUGGAAUGGGGAUGGCACUGGUGCCCUUCGACGCAGCGGUUCUCUAGGGAAGAUUCGGGAUGUAAUAAGGAGAAGCAGUGAAAUGCUGGUCAAGAAACUGCAGGGGAAUGGCCCGCUGGAGCCAAGGAACACCAACAUGAAACGGGCAGCAUCACUGAACUACCUGAAUAAAUCCAGUGAGGAUUCCUUCCAGGAUUCCCAGGGUCUUCGGGCUGAGACGAGAGGCCUCAGUGCAAGCAGUGUGGAUCUCCCUUCUCACACUUCCUUGGUCACCUCUAACUGAACCUACCACAUUAUUGACACCGCACCCCGUCUCAAAUGUUGACUGCUUCACCGUACCGAUACUACAUCUCAAGUUGAUCGCCGUUUUGGAUACUUCAUCUGUAACAUCCUCACAUGUUAGAAUGCUCAUUAUUGCCUCUUGUGUCGAUAUCACUACAAUGGAAGAGAAGUGUGUCCUGUCAUUGGAAAACGCUAACCCACAUGGGACCAUUGCCAGACCGGAUAGGGGAGUUCCCUCCUUCACCUGCUGUGGAAUAGCAGCUUUGGUGAAUGCAUCCACCCCCAUGUUUGCAAGCUGUGUUUUACCGAUUGCACAGAAUCAAGUUCCAGUAUCUCUUGCUUGACCCGCUGCCUUGCUGAACUUUGGGCACAGAGUCUCAGCCUCUCCCUUAGUGCGCAUCCUUUCCACCAGGUAGCAUUGCUGAGAUGCUCUCGUCCAUGCUCUCAAGCUGGCUUGCUCAUUCCUUCGGUGCCUGACCCAGAUAGUCCCCAGUACCAUCUAUUUUUUCACAGUAUAUGUCCCCCAUCUGUCUCCACCCCACCCCCUGCAGCCUUCUAGGGCUAGGCUUUUGCCAAAUGAGUAUUCUUGUGUCUGGGGGUUGUACUGCAGCAGCAGACAGGAUGGGACAUGGAAAUAUGAUGGCUAGUUAGCCAAUUUUGUGGGGGAUUAACUUUGCCUAACCAAAGCAGAGGUGGAAAACCUCUUUGCUCCCUCGAGGGCUGCAUUUAUUCAGGACCUCAUGACAGCAGUAGACAGGGCUGGAAUCACCCCCCCCCUCUCUCUCCCAUUCAUCUAGUCCAUACAUACACUCUGCCCACUUACUUAAAGGGACACAAAGAGACAGGCAUCUACUUCACAGAGAUUCGGUAUGUAUACACUCCACUCCACAAGUCUUGUUCCCACUCUAGCCUCUGGCAUCGCCUGUGUCUGCCUUAGCAUGAGCCACUGUAGUGCAGAGCAAUGGAAAUAACUGCAGGAAUGACCUGCCACUAGCCCUGUGUUACUACCCAUGAUUUACUUCCGAUUGUUGUUGUUUUAAUUUAAUAAUUAAAAACGAUCACAGAAGCCA